AUGUCCUGCUACGACCUGUGCCUGCCCUCCUCCUGCGGUCCCCGGCCACUGGCCACCAGCUGCAAUCAGCCCUGCUUCCGCCGCUGUGGGGACUCCACCACCGUCAUCCAGCCCCCCACUGUCGUGGUCACCCUGCCCGGGCCCAUCCUCAGCUCUUACCCGCAGAACACGACGGUGGGAUCCACGGCAUCGGCCGCUGUUGGGAACUACCUGCGGUGCUGCGGGAUCCCCGUGGGCUCCGGUGGUCCCCGCGGGCUGGGGAAGGCAGGACUGCUGUGCCUAGGCAGCAGCGGGAUAUAGGGGUCUCUGUGACGGUCACCUCCUGCUGAUGCCAGCAGAACCUCUGCAUCAGGAAGGACAAACGAAUAACAGGACCAAGACCGGGGAAGAGGACUAAGAAAAGGCCCGUGGGUUUCCCAGAUGGGAGGGGGGGAGCUGCAGACCCCCACCAGGAGGAAGGGAUCCAUGUGAGCUUGUCACCGUGCCUAUGUAUACCUUUCUCUCACUAAGCCUUGCUUUAUAUUUCCAUGUAGGUGUCACACCCUGUGGG